AUGGAGAAUUCCACGGGUCCGGGCUCAGGGUCUAAGGUUACCAUCAACAACCCUGCCGACAUCAUCGUUAUCGUGGGCUACUUCCUGAUGGUCAUCAGUGUGGGAAUUUGGUCCAUGUUCCGGACCAAUCGCAGUACGGUGGGCGGUUACUUCCUAGCAGGUCGGACCAUGACAUGGUGGCCGGUGGGUGCCUCCCUAUUUGCUAGUAAUAUCGGCAGUGGCCAUUUUGUGGGUCUGGCUGGGACAGGAGCAGCCAGUGGGAUCGCUGUGGGUGGCUUUGAAUGGAAUGCGUUGUUUAUUGUCCUCCUGUUGGGCUGGCUGUUUGUACCCGUUUAUCUCACAGCUGGGGUGAUCACCAUGCCCCAGUACCUGAAGAAAAGGUUUGGAGGUGGAAGGAUUAGCCUGUACCUCUCCGUCAUCUCUCUCUUCCUUUAUAUCUUCACCAAAAUCUCUGUGGACAUGUUCUCAGGUGCUGUGUUCAUCCAGCAGGCCCUGGGCUGGAACAUCUAUGUGGCUGUGAUUGCUCUUCUGGCCAUCACUGCCCUGUACACUGUCACAGGUGGUCUGGCUGCUCUGAUGUACACAGACACCGUCCAGACCUUCGUCAUCAUCACUGGAGCCUUCGUCCUUGCUGCUUUCUCCUUUGUGGAGGUGGGGGGGUACGGCGCCCUGCUGGAGCGGUACCCGUCCGCCGUGCCCGGCACCAGGACGUCCCUGGACCCGCAGCGCUACAACAUCUCUGAGCGCUGCUACACCCCGCGGCCCGACGCCUUCCGGCUGCUGCGGGACCCAGCCAGCGGGGACCUGCCCUGGCCCGGCGUGCUGUUCGGGAUCGCCAUCGUGGGGAGCUGGUACUGGUGCACCGACCAGGUCAUAGUGCAGCGUUGCCUGGCAGCCCGCAGUCUGACGCAUGUGAAAGCGGGGUGCAUCAUGUGUGGGUACCUCAAACUGCUGCCCAUGUUCCUCAUGGUCUUCCCUGGCAUGAUCAGCCGGGUCCUGUACCCCGAGGAGGUGGGCUGUGUGGUCCCGGAGGUGUGUAAGGAGGUGUGUGGGACUGAGGUGGGCUGCUCCAACAUCGCCUACCCCAAACUGGUGGUGUCCAUCAUGCCUCGGGGCCUCAGGGGCCUGAUGCUGGCAGUGAUGCUAGCAGCCCUGAUGAGCUCCUUGGCCUCCAUAUUCAACAGCAGCAGCACACUGUUCACCAUGGACAUCUGGACCCGCCUGAGGCCGCAGGCCCGCGACCGCGAACUCAUGAUCGUGGGCAGAGUGUGGGUUCUGUGCAUUGUGGCCGUCAGUAUCUGCUGGAUUCCUGUGGUGCAGGCAGCCCAGAGCGGUCAGCUGUUUGACUACAUCCAGUCCGUCACCAGCUACCUGGCCCCGCCCAUCACGGCCGUCUUCUUCCUGGCCGUGUUCGUGAAACGAGUGAACGAGCCGGGAGCGUUCUGGGGUCUGAUUGGAGGACUGGCCAUGGGACUAUGCCGAAUGGCGCCUGAGUUUGCCUUUGGGUCGGGCAGCUGCCUCUUCCCCUCUAACUGCCCCUCUGUAGUGUGCGGGGUCCAUUACCUCUACUUUGCUGUGCUGCUGUUCUUCUGUACUGCCGCCCUGGUGGUCAUCGUGAGCGGCUGCACCCCAGCUGUACCAGACAAACACCUCCAUCGUCUGGUGUUCAGUCUGCGUCACUCCAAGGAACCGAGGGAGGACCUGGACCGAGAGGAGGAAGAACGAGGGAGAAACGCCCGCAGAGAGGAAGAGGAGAAGAACACCUUCAAGAUGGAAGAGGGAGAGGGUGAGGGCAGGCCUUUGCAGGGGCGUCAGACCCAGUCCUGCAUCGGCCGCCUGAUUGGCUGGUUCUGCGGUGUGAGUUCCGCUCAGGCCCCCGAACCGUCGGAGCAGGAGGUCGAGGAGGCGGCCAACCAGAUGCCCGAUAUCAGUGAGGACCCCCUCUGGAAACACGUGGUUAAUGCCAACGGCAUCAUUAUGAUGACUGUCGCAGUCUUCAUGUGGGGGUACUAUGCCUAG